GUGACAUUUACGACCCAGCUGUCCCUGACUCCCCUGCUCACUCUGCCUCAUCGCACCAGCAGCAGCAGCAGCAGCAGCAGUAGCAGCAGCAGCAGCAGCAGCAGCAGCAGCAGCAGCAGCAGCAGCAGAAGGAGCAGCAGCAGCAGCAGGUGCAGCAGCAGCAGCGGAUGGAGCAGCAGCAGCAGCAGCAGCAGCAACCGCAGGCAGUGCAGCAACAGCAGCCGCAGCAGCAGGAGAGCAGCAGCAGCAGCAGCAGCAGCACCAGCAGCAGCCACAGCAGCAGCAGCAGCCACUGCAGCAACCUCAUCGGCAUCGCCGCACCACCUCUCCGUUCAUCCUCCCACGCAUCCACACUCGCUCUCACGGCCACUCAUAGGCCAUCCAUGGGUGGAGACACUCGCACGAUUCGAGAAGGACGUGAAGCGAACCGACACCGGGUUCCCGGCGAUAGCAACAGAGGUGGAGAACGACAGCGAAGAGACCUCGGAACCUCCGAGAAAGAUCAAGGAAUUAUUGAAGGAGUUCCAAGACAUUCUUCCUGACGAUCUUCCGAACGAGCUACUGCCAUACCGAACGCAUCAACACGAGAUCGUGGAGGAACCGGGUUCGAAGCCGGCCUUCCGAGCACCAUAUCGGCUCAGCCCUACGGAGCUGACCGACAUGAAAAAACAGAUCGAGUAUCUCCUAGCCAAAGGACUCAUCCGACCAUCCACUUCGCCAUACGGUGGCCCAGUACUCUUCACACCGAAACCGGACGGAAGCCUGCGCAUGUGCAUCGACUACCGAGCUCUUAACAAGCAGACCAUCAAGAAUAAAUACCCAAUACCGCGAAUCAAUGACCUGCUUGACCAGCUUCGGGGAGCUACGGUAUUUUCCAAACUGGAUCUACGGUCCGGAUACUGGCAGAUACGGAUGGCGGACAACUCUAUCCACAAAACUGCUUUCCGAACUCGGUAUGGAUCGUACGAGUAUUUGGUAAUGCCGUUCGGACUCACCAACGCACCGGCAACGUUCCAAGCCGAAAUGAACCACAUUCUACGACCACUUUUGGACGAGUGCGUGGUGGUGUACCUGGACAACAUCCUCAUCUACUCGCGUGACAUGAAGCAGCACGUCGAACACCUGCGACGCGUCUUCGAAACUCUUCGACGAGAACGAUUCUACGUCAAACUGUCCAAGAGCGAAUUCGCCCUUGAGAAGGUCCAGUUCCUAGGACACAUGGAGUUGCAGCAGUUCCUAGGCUUCGCUAAUUACUACAACAGGUUCGUGCCACAGUAUGCGAAACUCGCAGCACCACUCACGAAUCUGCUGAAGAAGAACACGCCCUACAAAUGGGAGCCGAAGCACCAGGAAGCCAUGGAGCAGCUGAAAGAAGCACUCACGUCCGCACCAGUACUCACCUUGGCAGAUCCCGAACACGACUACGUCAUCAAAGCUGACGCCAGCGACCAGGCAGUGGGAGCAAUCUUGAUGCAAGACCUGGGGAAUGGACUGCAACCAAUUGCCUACCUAAGUAAGAAACUACAUGGGGCAGAACUAAACUACCCGAUACACGACAAAGAGGCCCUUGCCAUCGUCAUCGCCUUCAAAGUGUGGAGAUGUUAUCUCGAAGAACGAAGAACAACCGUCUACACCGACCACAGCAGCCUGAAAUACUUGAAGACACAACCCAACCUUUCCAUGCGGCAGGUCCGGUGGAUCGACUUCCUCGAGACACACUUCCACUACGACAUCGUGUACAAGCCCGGCCACAAAAACAAAGCAGACGCUCUCAGCCGGCCUGCACACCGACAUCUGCUACAGUGGGACAGUGACAUCGCGUACCAGAAAGGAUCAACAAAAAUCUGGGUACCCAAUUACCCUCCUUUGCGCCAGUUACUACUCGAAGAAUACCACGACGUCCUCUACGCCGGAAACUUCGGUAGCAACAAGACGCUGAUCAGUAUUGCAAAACGCUACUACUGGCCCCACAUGGCAGAGGAUGUUCAGAAGUUUGUCACCUCGUGUGAUACAUGUCAGCGGAUGAAGAGCAGCAAGCAGAAAAAGGCGGGACUAUUGCAGCCUCUUCCUGUCCCAGAACAGCCAUGGCAAGUGGUUAGCCUGGACUUCAUCACCGGGUUACCACCUACCACCAGCGGUCAUGACGCAAUCCUUGUCGUCAUCGACAAAUUCUCCAAAAUGGGACACUUCAUCCCGACACACACGACAGCACGCACUGAAGAAACAGCACAACUCUUCGUUCGAUACAUCAUCUCACAGCAUGGCAUUCCAACCACACUCAUCUCCGACCGAGUCCCCAAGUUCACCAGCAAGUUCUGGAAGGAACUUAUGUCUCUCCUCGGGACCAAACUCGCCAUGUCAUCCGCUUACCAUCCGCAGACAGACGGACAGACCGAGCGCCUCAACCAGAUUGUUGAGCAACUCCUCCGUGCAGCCUGCAAAGACGACAUCUCCAAAUGGGACUUGUAUCUGCCCGUCCUGGAGUUUGCCUACAACAAUGCCACUCACGCCGCUACUGGACAGACGCCGUUCUUCCUCUGUUACGGACGCCACCCACUCACACCACAGAAACCGACAACAUCCGCUACAGUCCAACCCCCACAUGAUUUCAUCACAACCAUGCAUCAGCUUUGGGAUCGGACCCACAAGCGCCUCCUCGACAUUCAGCAGCAACAGAAGCGCCAAGCCGAUCGCCAUCGCAAUGACCACACCAUUACCGUGGGAGACCAGGUGCUCCUUGACACCCGCAACCUUGACAUCAGCCAUCUCCCAUCGAAACUUCGACCUCGCUUCUGCGGGCCUUUUCUCGUUGAAGCACAGAUCACUCCUGUUACCUUCUGCUUACGCCUGCCAGCUACCUGGAAGAUUCACAACGCCUUCCAUGUCCAACUUCUGAAGCCCUAUCGGGAUCCGAACACGAUCUUCGUCGGACGCCAACCGCCGCCCAUCCUCAUCCAGGAUGAACCCGAGUACGAGGUCGAGUCCGUGCUUGCACACCGCCGUCGUCGGAAUGGCACCGUGGAGCUUCUCAUCCGUUGGAAGGGUUAUGAUCCUUCUGAGGAUAGCUGGGUAUUUGAGACCAACAUGGGUAACGCCCGUCGUCCUCUGCAUGACUACCUUGUCAAGCAGGGUGUUACUUCUACCACCCAGCUUUGACGCGGGGAAGUGUGAGAGUACG